GACUGAAAAUACUGGGGUGAUGAACGAGCUACGAAAUAAGGUCAAUUCCUACCCACUUUCUCGUUGUGCGCCUCGCUCACAGUGCAUCGCAAUGGUCAAAUCGGGAAAAAGAAUUACGUAUGCCAGUUCCCAAGAAUAUUUAAUGAGCGCCAUCAAAGAAGACUUUCAAACAAGCGGAGGCAAAUGUCUGCUAGAAAUCGUCAGCGAGGGUUACAUGUCUACUUUUCUCGGUUGGGUAUUGCAAAAACGAAGUCGCUACACGAAAAUCAUCAACAAAGGGAUCUUGGAAAUGCAUGGGAAUGGAAUAAUACAACUACAUUGGACAUUGGACCCGCGCAGAGCAAUUCCACCCCAGUGUAAAAGCGCAAAAGCCAAUGGAAAUAAAAAGAAGAAAAGUACGGCGGAUCAAGCUCGCCAAUUAUCUCUUAAAGAUUUAACUGGGGCAUUUAUCAUAUUGCUUAUUGGUUGGGGAAUUUCAGUCAUAGUUUUCUUCUGCGAAAGAUUGGCACAUCGGCCUUCAUACAAAGAGAAAGUUUUGAAUUAAAGCUAUUGCGUUAGUUCAAUACUUUGAAUCAGUUAGAUCGGCCAAAAGUGUCGACUACGUAAAAUAGGAUCUUAAAGAACUGUCGUCGAGAUUCAAAUGUAGCGGGAAAAUCCAAUUUAGACAUUAAAUUAUUUUUUUUUCACAGCAUUUAAUUGCUUUGGCACAUCGCACGACCUUCUACUCUAACUAUGUAACUCCCUAGUACCUCUCUGUUCCAUUUCGUCUUUGAUUUAACUGUCUACACGUAUAAUGGAAAAUGGAAACAGCCCUUGCAGUAUCGAACUGCUCUGAA